AUGAUGAAUCUGCCCGAAUCGGUACUGCUGUGUCUUUUUCCCAACGGCUUGAUCCUCACGCGUCAGCCUCGUGUACCGUCGAUCUUGGACCAGGACGGCGAAGAGGACGAAGAGGAGCUCUAUCUAGUCGACUUUGAUCCACAGUGCCUCUCCUACGUCCUCAGCUUCUUCAAAACAGCGCAAGACGAGUUCUACGGCACCAACGAGCUUUCCGGAAAGUACAGACCUAGCUCCAGCUACGGUAAUAACUCCGGACUGUACCACUACGCCCAGGCAUCGGGCGAAGGCUCCGACCCCAACCAAGGUGGCAUGUCGCAGAUUCCGCUGAUGAACAAGCAGCCCAUCAUUGUCUUGCGCGAGGAGCUUGAGUACUUUGCCAUCCCGCCAAAGAAGGCUGCAGCUGCUAGCGUCGGCGUUCAGCCAGCCAGUGUCGACUCUGAAACCUUCGAGGGCACCGAUCCCGCCUCGGGUCACCCAACGGCAGCGCUGUUCCGACUCAAAUACGCCUGUGGAGAUGCUUUGCUCGACCGCAAGCAGAUCUUUACGGCACUGCAGCGCAACGUCAACAAGGAGAACAACUUGGCAGAGCAGCACCUCAUCGAUAUGCUGUGCAUGAGCGGCUUUGAUCGCGAAGACACAUGGGGCUUUCGAGCGCUCGAGCCGAAUCGCUGCUGCAUCACCUCCAUUGCGCUCGUCCUGCUCAAAACCGGCAUCACACACGCCGGGGAGCUGGAAGCAGAAGGUAUCUUGACUGACUCGACGAAUGCGGCCGAGUACCACGAUCCCACAGGCCAGACGAGCAUGAUGAACAACAUCCGCGUCGACCACCAGCAGUUUGCAACAGCACAAAAGCUGCUCCUCUUCUGGCGCAAGCCCGCAAGAAAAUGCUGGUGGGACGGCAUCGACAUUGUGCUGCCCGCUUCAAGUGCAGACGCUCCUCAGGCUGUACAGCCAGAGGACCUGAAUGAUGCAAGUCUGACCGCCAAGGAGGUGGAGUUGUUCAAAUCCGGAAAGGGCAGAAAAGUACGAGUCUGGGCACGCAGACCUAUUUCCGACUUUCUUCUCGACGUCCUCACCUUGCUUGUCAUAUCACCAUAUCUCCAGGGGAUACGACACCGAGAAGUCAUCUCGAGCAGCAGUACCUUCGCAAUGGCGUCACGAUCAACUAGUCUGGCGCGUCAGGCCCUGACUACUGCAGCGGCGGCAUCACGCGUUCAAAGGCGUGCUGCACUUCCGGUGGCCCGAAGCUUCAGUUCCUCAUCUCACCGAUCGAAUGCGUCCACCUCGUCUUCCGUCACCUUAGAUCAGCUGCGCAACACAUCACAAGCGCUCUCGCAUAGCGAAGGUAUCUCAGCGACAGCAUCUGAGGUCGACGCCGCUCCCGCCACACAGGAAGAAGAGCAAUUUGUCCUGCCCAACUGCUUACUCCCCACAGAAUCGCUCCCACCGACACAUGGCAUUCAUGUCGCAACGCUACACCUUCGUUCGUACGAAGACGGUCGAUACAACCUUGAUCUGUUCGCCGACUUUGCUCGUCGAGCAGCCUUUGCCAUAGGCAUUCCCGCCAGCGGCGUGGCGCACCUACCCACACGCACGUCGCUCUGGACCGUACCACGAUCGCCAUUUGUGCACAAGAAAUCGCAGGAGAAUUUUUGGAGGAAGACGCAUUCGAGAGCAAUCAAGCUGUACGAUGCAAAUGAUCAGGUGGUCGACCGCUGGUUGCACUUUCUGAGGAUUCACGCGCUUCCAGGUGUAGGGCAGAAGGCCGAGCUGUUCAGGUAUCAUGAAGUGGGUGUCGGUGAAAAGCUGAUGGAGGAGGCGAAGGCGUUGCAACGUUCGACGGCUUCUUCUGCAGAUGGCAAGGAUGCAUCGACUGUUUCUGCGCCGGAGGGAUCGACGGCGGAAAGCAUUAAGAAGAUCGCAGAUGGGAUUGUCGAAAAGGAGAUGGCACAGGAGGGAUCUUCGGAGCAAAAGUGA